AAGCCCACACACAUACAUUCUCACUCUGUUUUCACAACUCAAAUUUCAUUUUCUUUCUCAUUCGCACACAAUGGUAAGAUUCAUUGAAGAAAACACAAAACAUGUGGACAAAGAAACAGGAAAUAAAUCAAAUACGGAUGUAACGACGGCAAAGAAGAAAGUUCUUCAAGAUCUUAUCAUCAACAAUGGAGGAGGACUAAUCAAUUCAUGGGUUGAUUCCAUGAGAGCUUGUUCUCCUACUCAUCUCAAAUCUUUGAUGAAACAAAGCUCUUGGCUCAAAGAACAUCCAUCUGCUUUAGAAAUGUUCGAAGAGAUUCUUCAUGCUUCGGAAGGAAAACAAAUCGUUAUGUUUUUGGAUUAUGAUGGCACUUUAUCUCCCAUUGUUGAUGAUCCAGAUCAAGCUUUCAUGUCUAAGCAGAUGAGAAGAACAGUGAGGAACCUAGCAAAUUGUUUUCCGACUGCCAUAGUUAGUGGGAGAUGCAGAGAAAAGGUUUAUAAUUUCGUGAAAUUGACCGAGUUGUAUUAUGCUGGAAGUCAUGGAAUGGACAUCAAAGGGCCAGAGCAAGGCUCCAAGUAUGAGGCAGAUAAAUCUCUUCUUUGCCAACCAGCUACAGAGUUCCUCCCCAUGAUCGACGAGGUGUAUCAAAGAUUAAUGGAGAAAACAAAAUCAGCUCCCGGAGCCAACGUAGAGAACAACAAGUUUUGUGUCUCUGUCCACUUCCGACGCGUCGAUGAGAAAAACUGGAGUGAUUUGGCUAAUCAAGUUCGAUCAGUAAUGAAGGACUACCCCAAGCUCCGUCUUACCCAAGGAAGAAAAGUUUUGGAAAUUCGACCUAUCAUUAAAUGGGAUAAAGGCAAUGCCCUCGAAUUUUUAUUAGAGUCACUUGGGUACGCUAAUUGUACCAACGUUUUUCCCCUUUACAUCGGCGAUGAUCGCACAGACGAAGAUGCAUUUAAGAUACUGAGAGAAAGAAGACAGGGUCUUGGCAUUCUUGUUUCCAAAUCUCCAAAGGAGACUAACGCGUCUUACUCUUUGGAAGAGCCUGAUGAGGUUAUGGAUUUCCUGCAACGGUUAGUGAAAUGGAAACAACUGAGAUCUGGAGCAUGAUUAGAGCUAU